AUGGCCAGUGAAUUAAACUGCACGCAAUUUUGGGAACCGUAUCCGGAACCAGGAACUGAUGAAGCUGGGAAUAGUACUGUUCCCUGGCUCAUUACUUCGGCUGUCAAAGCUUAUCGCCCCUAUCAUUACUAUCUCCUAACUUCCAUUGUCAUUUUUUCAUUUUUUGCCAAUAUUCUAAUUGUUAUCGUUCUAUCUCAUAAGGAUAUGAGACGUUUUGGUGUCAAUGUCACCAAGCUGUUGAUAGCAGUUUGUGAUUUUGGAUGCUCCGUAUCAGGACUAGCACAAUUAUAUCUGAGGAAUUAUUCAGAAGAUCUAUGGCAAAGCCCAAAUUAUGCGUUGCGUGUUGCUUGUGCUUUGUGCUCUCCAGUUUUCGUAGUUGCUACUUUUGUGAUUUUCAUAAACGCCGCAAAAGAAGUACUGUUACUAUCAUUAAUCAUCAUUUUCAGAACGGAAGAAGAUGGAAUUUAUCUGGAUGUUUCCGAUUUAUCCCUGGCAAGUGCUUGUUUGUUCAUGAAGUGUUCUUUAGUUGCCAGUGGAUUUCUUUUCAAGAUCCUGCCCUGCAUAACAAUGUUAUUCUUCUCCGUAUUUCUUUUACAACAAAUAGACGAAGGAAAGCAAAGUUCCAAUGUUGCAGCUCAUAAUAGAGAGAACAAAAGAAAAAAGAUAGAUCGAUCUUCACGAUUCAUCCAAUUCGUACUAGUUGUUUUUCUUAUAACUGAGUCACCGCAAGGAGCUUUCAGCAUCCUCGGCGGUUUUGCAAUUAUAGACUACAUAAACUAUUUUCAAAAUCUAUCAAUUUUUAUGAACAUUUUGGCGUUUUUGAACACUACUACCAGUUUUAUAAUUUACAGUGCGUUAUCUGGAAAAUUCAGAAAGUUGUUCACUCAAAUGUUCUUGCCUAGAUAUGUUACGGAGAAAAUAUAUCUGGUAAGAGUCUUCGAUCGUCCAUAUCCUAGAAAAUUCAAUUUUCAGAAACGAACAACUGUGGUAGUGCAAUCGAUUGCUCAUUCGUCGAGAACAGUUUGA